GCGGCCGGGCGGGGCUCGGGGGUCCGUGUCCGCUCCAGUCCCUACAGCCAGGAUCCUAGAGAGUGCAUUCCACCAUGGAGCAGCCGCGGAAGGCGGUAGUGGUGACCGGAUUUGGCCCUUUUGGGGAGCAUACUGUGAAUGCCAGCUGGAUCGCCGUCCAGGAGCUGGAGAAGCUGGGCCUCGGGGACAGCGUGGACCUGCAUGUGUACGAGAUCCCCGUGGAAUACCAGACGGUGCAGAGGCUCAUCCCAGCACUGUGGGAGAAGCACAGCCCCCAGCUCGUAGUGCAUGUUGGGGUGUCAGGCAUGGCCACCACAGUGACACUGGAAAAAUGUGGGCACAACAAGGGUUACAAAGGACUGGAUAAUUGCCGGUUCUGCCCCGGCUCUCAGUGCUGCGUGGAGGAUGGUCCCGAGAGCAUCGACUCCAUCAUCGACAUGGACGCAGUGUGCAAAAGGGUGACCACCCUGGGGCUGGACGUGUCUGUUACCAUCUCCCAGGACGCUGGCAGGUAUCUGUGUGACUUCACGUAUUAUACGUCGCUCUACCAGGGCCGCGGCCGCUCCGCUUUUGUCCACGUGCCCCCACUGGGUAAGCCCUACAACGCCGACCAGCUAGGCCGGGCGCUACGAGCUAUCAUCGAGGAGAUGCUGGGUGUCCUGGAGCAAGCUGAGGGGGAUAUCAGCUGUUGCCACCAGCUCUGACAGCCAUGUACACCUGGGUGUGGUGCUGAGAGAGGGGCCAUCCUGACUCAUCUGCCCCUCCUAGUGGACCACAAGGGGGCAAUGGAGAGAGCUCCCAUCUGAAUAUCAUCUGGGGACACUUCUGUUGCGCCCAGAGGCCAGGGCUAGUGGCCUGCACACAUGCCAUGGUGCCACCUUGACCCUGACACAGUCUGCGUUUUCAGGUGUAUGGACAAGGAGUUGAAGCUUGCCCUGUGGCUGGGGCCUCACAAAGUAUCAUAAAGUAGAUUAGCUCUAAUCCAUGUCUUAAACCCUAGACGGUCCCCGCCAAAGCCACUUGGGACCUGGUUGCCUUUUCUAUCUUCUCUCUGUCUCCCUCCGUCUGUCUGUCUGUCUGUCCCCGUCCUUGUUUGUUGUACCCACCUCCCUUCAGUGCUACAUUAGGGAACAGAGUUAUUUAUGUUCCCAUUGUUAAGACUUCAGGCCUAACCAACAAGUGUCUUUCCUUUCUCCUGGGGAGGGUGGCCUCUUUUGCCUCCUGCCCUGAAAAUGCCGUCAUACUUUGGGUCUCCAUAGUGGGUUCCCUUUGCUCGGAAGAGCAGGCUGCUAUGGCCACCAAGGGCCUGGCCGCAGUGGCCUCUGGUGCCUGUGGGGAGCCAACCCUGCCAUGACAUUUCUUGUUCUCUUUUUGAUAUUUUAAGACUCUAAAAAUUUAGAUACUCUAAACUUUAGAGGGUAUUUGCUGUUUGUUUGUUUGUUUGUUUGUUUGUUUUCUUUUGAGACCAGGUCUCAGGUAGCUCAGGCUGGCCUCGUGUGAAUUUCUGAUCCUCUGGCCUCAGCUUCCUAAGCACUAAGAGGACAAGUGUUUGCCACCACACAUGGCCCACCUGGGACCCAGAACCCACCGUGUGAACCAUCACCUGGAGCUGUGGAUUUUCUCCAUCUUGAGAUAGCCAGCCUCUAAUAUCCUGUGAGGGACCUGGGGUGAGAGGCUGCGGUGCCCAGGCAUGUUCCUGCAUGUCCUAUCAGCCACGGGGAUAUCCACCAGCCUGUAAUAUCUUGUGAGGGACCUGGGGUGAGAGGCUGCGGUGCCCAGGCGUGUCCCUGCGUGUCCUAUCAGCCCAGGCAUGUUCCUGCAUGUCCUAUCGGCCACGGGGAUAUCCGCUGAACUGCAUUUGGACAUGUGCCUGGGACUCCAGCCAGCCUUUGUCUCUAGCUGACUUUGAACUUCCAAGCCAGGAGGAGGGGCUCUCAGGAAGGGUGGGAUGUAGCAUGUGACCUGGACUCCUUCCAAGACCAAGUACAGUUCCUGCCAGUGAAGCCAAGUACAUUUUGGAUGCCACCUUUACUUUUGUGGAUGGAUAGAGACCUCGGUGUCCCCAUGGGAUUGAUGGAUCUGAAUUCUGAAGUGACUUCUCAUCCCUGGAUCUUCUUGUUGUUUGUGAAACUGGGUCUCCUAUAGCCCAGGCUAGCCUCCAAUUCACUGUAGCUCAAGCUGACCUUAAAUCCUGACCCUCCUACCUCGGCCCACUCCGUGCAGGGCUUAUGAAAGCCUGUGUGCUGGGCCUGGCUACUUUUAAGCUCUAGUGUUCCUUGUUCUGAUGUGGUUUCUUCAUGUCAUCAUCUUGUUGAUCCUGGGUCUGAAGCUUAUCUGUCGCCACAUGGA